CAACAACCAUCAAGUUGAAACUCCGUCGGUACUAUUUGUAACCGAGUGACCUCACAACUUUUUUACUUGGAAUAUUUCUAUACACGCUCAAAGAUACCUACAUGCACACAAACACACAACAAACACAAUGAAGCUAAAGGAAUUCCUCGCCCGCCGAUCCUCCGCCCCGAGCCACAUGAACCCCCAAUUUAUGAGCGACGAGUACAUGAAUCGUCGACGAUCAUUCGGCCGCGGAGGAGCAGGGAAUAUCCGUAUGUUCAGUUCUUUCCUCUUUUCUCUUUCCUCUUCCUUUUUUUUGAUCCACUGUUGCAAAUUGCAUUCCACUUCAACCGUCCUCAAGUAGA